AUGGUGGUCAUUCCGCCAGCGCCGCAUCCGCCGGACGUGGACUGGAACUGGAGACUGGGGAAAGUGGCCAAGGAGAGACAUGUGGAGAGAGGGGCCGGCCUGCGAGUGCCCCCGGAGAAGGGGCCCACUCCCGAUGGCAAGAUUUUGUCGUCCGACUUUCCGAAAUCGGAGAGCUGGGACGUUCCAGAAAGAGCCCGGGUCCCGCUUUUCCGAUCUCGCUGCUGCAUCCUUGGCCUGAUAUUAGUGGAAAUUCUCCGACUCUUGGCUGCAAAGGUUUUCCCGAGCCCUGGUGGCUUGGAGCUGACCGCCCAGAUCCUGACAUCGGCGGCAAACUGCCUGGUGUCCAUGGGUUCCCUUCCAGUGUUUGCUACCCACAGCUUGGGUGCCUGUGUGAAUCGGCGCUGUCUGGGCUCUCUCCUAACCCUGAUUCUGACCUCUGCAACGUGCACGUGGGGCGCCCUGGUCAUUGACAUCUUCCCAGGAGGGGGGUGGCAGCGCAUCUCACAGGCUCCGCUGCUGGAUGAGGGUGCUCCUAGCAUCCUUGGAUUCCUGGGAGUGUGGGAGUGUCUGCUGUUGGCGUCGCUGUCCUUGCAAACAGCCUUGUGCAUCUCCGCAUGGACGUUUUACCGCAUCUUCCGCGAGCUGGGGCUGUAUCCCCCAGGGCCACGGAAAGGCCGAAUCCAUUCCGAGGUAUCCGCGCUCGAGUUUGUUUGUGAAGCAGAGGACGUGGCUUUGCUCAGCGAUCAGUGCAAUGGCAACUGUCAGAGGGAGCCCAUUCCAUGGGAGGGGACUUGCCCGGAGGCCGUGUUUGCUAUGGCCGUGGCGGCCGAAGCGCCCAUGCCAGACCCUGUUCCACCCCGGGGCUUUUGCCGAUCCGGCUUGAACGAAGAUGAUGUCCGGUAUCCAUCCACUUAG